CAGGAGAAUCUCUAGUGAUUUUUUCCCAAAUGGAAAAAGAAAAAGAGGAUUAAAUUAAGAAGAAAAAAAAAAGAGUCAAUGAAUCUGGAAGGCCAAGUCAAUGAAUCUCUCUACGUCCCUUUCUCAACCGCAUUCAAAUUUUGUUAACGGGCUAAGUCAGAGCUGAAAUUUCAAAUGAAGUUUGAAGAAGAAGAAGAAGAUGAAGAAGACCAGUCACCGUCGCAAAGUACAAAGCUUUGGAUUCUCUGGUUUUUGUUUUGUUUUGGAUGAAUAAUUCUCUGGUUUUUGGGUCAUCCCAGAAGACGUUCUUUGCAAUUCUACCAUUCCCAGACAACCAGAGGUCCAGAAUAUAACUUUGCUUUUUCGUCCAAAAGUAACAAGGAAAAAGAAGAGCUCCAACCUUCAGAACAUUCCCAUAUUCAAAGCUCCCUUGUUUUUAGUCCAGAAAUGAUUUCCAACAAUCUUGAAGCUGGAGCUCAUUACGAUGGUAUGAAUUCUGCAGAAUCUGAGAUGCUGUCAGAAAACAAUGAGUCAUCUUUUUAUCAGAAACAGGACAGCAGUGACAGGGGAGGAACAGAGCCAAAGAGGAAGCUGAAGAAAUUGAGAUCAAUCAAGCUCUCAAGAUUGCCAAGCCAAAGAUCAUCCACAAGACGAUCAAAAUUCCGGAAUGAUCACCUUCCUGUUACCUUGUCAGAAGCAUCGCCGAAUUAUAUGAAGGCCACAAACAGUUCAGAUGCAAGGAAGGAAAGUUUGCAGAAUUCAACGACAAUGUCGACAAGGAGAUCAAGUUUGAACCCUGGGAAGAGUUUGACAAGAAUGUCUAGUUUGAAAUACAGGAGGAAUCUGAUGAGCAAAAGCUCUGGAGGGACUGAUUUGCAGAGGAAAGUGAAGAGGUCAAGAUCAAUCAAGAAGGCAAGUUCAUCCACAAGAAGCGUGGAAUCCGGCUAUCAGGCAAGUUCCCAGAAUUCUGAAUCCAGUUCUAGUAGCAAUCAUCACCAAAAUAGGAAAAAAUUAAUAAGUGAUCCAAAGCCAAAAUCUGUUUUUUCUGGUAAUAAAUCUGUGAGAAUGAUGACAAGGACUCCGAGUUUGAAACCUGUGAAAGUCUUGACAAAAAUGGGUACUUUCAAAUCAAAGAAGCCUUCCAUUACGAAAUGUUCUGAAAUAUGUAAGGCUACCUGUUCUUCAACUCUCAAGGAUUCCAAAAUCCCAGGCUCCUUGGGGCUUCAGCCAGGAAAACAUGAAUCUGAAAGGGCUUCAGUCACGGAGGUUUGUCCUUAUAGUUAUUGUUCUCUUCAUGGUCAUCACCAUAAUGCUUCACCUCCAUUGAAGCGCUUCGUUUAUAUGAGGCGGCGUUUAUUGAAGACCCAGAUGAGCAUGAAACGAGAGAGUCAAUUUCUUAAAGGCAAACGUUCUGGGAAUAUGAAGAAAGGAAUUCAGGCAAAGGAAAUGUUGCAUAAUUCCACCAGAGCUCUCUCUCAUGUUAAAGAAAAAGCAGGCAGGGAUUUCUCUGCAAAUGGAAAUGAAGUAGAAUAUAAAAUGCAGUCUAAAAAUCAGAAAUAUAUCAAAGCGUGGCACUCGAUAUAUAAGCAUGCAUUAGUAGGUAUUGGCCGAAAAGUUGAAAACCAGAUUCAUCUAGAUGGAUUGGACAGUGAAGAACAGGUGGAAAAUACCAACAACUGUGAUCCUUCUGAGGGUCUUUCUGAAUCAGACCACCAAAAGAAUGAGCUCAGCCAGAUUGAUGCCGUUAAGCUGUUACAAGAAGCAUUUGAUGAAAUCCUUCUACAAGAAUUUCAAGACCGUUCUUCUGAUGAUCAAGCAAUGACAAGUAGCAUAAGUCCAGACCAAGAACUCUUGGAAAAGAGUCAUGUUAAGGGUGGGGAAUGGAGCAUCUCAGCUUCCAGCGAGCCUGCAACAGACAAUAUGGUAGAAAAUCCAGAAGAAACAUUGCUCGAAGCUGAUAGUCUUAGUACUCCCAAAGAAGAGAAAUCUGACAAGAGAAUGCCCAAAAGCUGGAGCAAACUGAAAAGCUUAAUCCUGCUCAAGAGAUUUGUCAAGGCAUUGGAGAAGGUGAGGAAUUUCAACCCCCGAAGGCCACAAUAUCUGUCCUUGAAGCCUGACCCAGAAGCAGAAAAGGUCCAUCUGAGGCACCAAACAACAAACAACAGAAAAAACUCUGAGGAAUGGAUGCUUGAUAAUGCACUUCAACAGGUCAUUUCUAAACUAGCUCCAGCUCAAAAACGGAAAGUAGCACUGCUUGUAGAAGCUUUUGAGAAGAUUCUUCCACUGCCAGAAAUUGAAACUCCCCAGAGAUCCAAUUCAGCAGUUUGCAGUCAAGCAAAUCCCGUUCAAGCCUGUAAUGGUUCCUCAAUUCAAAGCAGAGAAGAAACAUCAUAUCCUGAGAAAGAUAUCAAAUGUUAUCCAGAGCAAGUCAGUGAUUUUCACACGGACAAACAGCAGACUCCUCCACUGAAAUUUUCUGAGCUCAGAGAAACAAGUUUGGAAUGUUAUUGCAGUAAAGCAGAACAGGAAAUAACUGCUUCUCAACCCACCAACGAAGACUGGGAGGAAAAGCAAGUUAUUGCCGUCGAUCUUGAAAGGGUGGACAAUAAAUUCGUUCUUGCUGAUAAUCAACCUGAUUCCAUCAUUAGUUGUUCACCAGAGAUCAAAGAUCCCAGCUCAAGUGAAGAAUUCUCCCUGAAGCCAGAGGGCAUUGUAAGCACUUGUCAUGAAGUAGUUCGAGAGAAUGGAAAAGUCUCCAUAGGAAAUACUUCAAGUUCAGAACUCUGCAACCAUGGUUCUGAAUCAGGAUGCAAAGAUUCAGAGACAGACGUUUUAGUCAGUGCACCUUGUGAACAAUCUGAUAUGCAUGAAAUCCCAACCUCAGAAAAUUAUGUGGAAUCAAAAGCAAUUAACAGUGUAGCAAAUGCGGCCUGGUUGGAAAAAAAGAAAAACAUGAGACUGUGGUGCUUGGUAUAUAAUCACAUGGUAUCAGGUAUUGCAGCAAAAGAUGAAGCAGGUAAAGAAGAACAAGUGGAUGAGGCCGACUCAUUGCCUGUAACAAGCAUUUCCAGUUCUUGUCAGAAUUUCUCUGAAAUGGAUAACGAGGCAGAUGACCAGACAGUUAAACUCCACCAUAUUGAAGCCAUUAAGCUGGUAGAAGAAGCGAUUGAUGAAAUCCUUCUGCCGGAAAUCUCAGAAGAGGAACGUGGUGACACAGGGAAACCAUUCAUCUCAAAUUGCAAAGAUUCCGAUAAAGACAGCUUCACGAAAUCCGGCAAAACAGACCCAGAAGAGAAGUGGAUCACGUCUGAUAAUAUCAGUGCCGAAGAAGAGGAGACAACAGCAGCAAUGAAGGUGGAAAAGAAAUCUAACCAGCAAAUGCCAAGAAAGUGGAGCAUUCUGAAAAAGUUGAUCCUGCUUAAUAGAUUCAUCAAGGGAUUGGAAAAAGUAAGGAAAUUUAAUCCACGAAGGCCACGAUAUCUGCCUUUGGAGCCGGGCCCAGAAGGAGAAACAGUUAAUUUAAGGCAUUUGGACAUGGAUCAAAGAAAAAACUCUGAGGAAUGGAUGCUUGAUUAUGCACUUCAACAGGUUGUCUCAAAACUAACCCCAGAAAGGAAAAGAAAAGUUGAACUGCUUGUACAUGCUUUUGAAUCAGUCAGUCCAACUAUUGGAAGUUGAAAGGCACAAUGUAGCAGCUUCCAAUCAUGCAAAACUGCGUUCAAGCCAAAUGAUCACUCAGGUAAAAGCAAAAAGCCUCCAUUUUCCUUGUCAUUUACACAAGUCCGAGGGAGAAUGUUCCACAGGAAUAACCUUUCAGCUGAACUACCAGACUUCUGUCAUCUAGGACGCAGCAGUGUAGCAUGUAGUUGCAAGUUUUGAGUCCUUAAUGAAGAUUGCAAGGAGUAUACCCUUUUUUUUUUCUUUUCUUUUUUUGUUGUUGUAAUUUUUAAGGCUUAUUGAAGUCAUCAUAUUUUAUGAAGAAUGUGUAGAAAUAUUAUCACACAACUUUGUAUCUGGAGAUUGCAUUAUUUGUGGUGUAUGUAAAAGGUCUAAAAGAUA